UGAGGCGUGUGAUUGGUCAAAGUCUGCGCCGACUGCGCUGAUUGGUUUACAUGGCUUGUUGUUAACUGAUCUGCACCGGAUGUAAAACGGAACCAGCUUUGUUAAUACGAAAGAUCAGCUCAUUGAUACCUGUGGGACAAUGUCUGACAGUGAUGGCCAAGGACAAGAGCCUGCUGGACUGGAUGGUCUUCCACCAAUGCACAGCAUUUCCAAGGGAGAGGUGGUCUCUCUGCAGACCUAUGGAGCCUUUGUCAGACUGCCAGGAUACAAGAAGGAAGGCCUCGUACAUGUGAGUGAGAUGUCAGCCACACGGAUUGAGAAUGCCUCAGAGGUUGUCGAUAUGGGGGAACAGGUGUGGAUUAAAGUCAUUGGGAGAGAGAUUCGGGAUGACAAGGUGAAGUUGUCCUUCUCAAUGAAAGCUGUCAAUCAGGGAACAGGGCAGGACUUGGACCCAAACAAUGUUAUGGCCGAGCAGGAUGCGAGGCGCCGUAAGCAGUUUAGAGACCACACAGGCAACAGGAUCACAUUGGAGGCUGUACUCAACACAACAUGCUCAAAGUGUGGAUGCAAGGGUCACUUCACAAAAGACUGUUUCUCUGCUCCGGGCUUGCAAUACGCUCUUUUGCCUGAAGAGGACGAGGAAGAGCAACGGCAGCAGCAGCAGCAGACCUCCACUGUUUCAACACAGCAAGACUCAGACAAAAAGAAGAAGAAAAAGAAGGAGAAGAAAAUGAAGAAGAAGAGGAAGAGGGAUAGGAAGGAGUCAGAGAGCGACAGCAGCAGCAGCGGCGAAUGCAAAUCUAAGAGGAGGCGCCACGAGCACACUCACGACAAAGAGGACAAAAAGAAGAAGAAACACAAGAAACACAGAUCACACAAACACAGCUGAGACAGCCACACAAAAUACAUCUUCAGUCACACACUGCAGCUAUCAGACAGACGCAAAAGAGGAAGUGGGUAGCACCAGACGAACUGACAGACUACCAGCUGUGUAUGUUUUAAUAAUCUCUCCACCGACUGCUCAUUAUAGAAACCUUCAUUGCUCAUUAUAGAAACUUUCAUUUACAUUUUCCUUACUGUCUCUCCAUGUUGAAAGAAUGCUAAGACUUUCUAUUAAGUUUAAAGAAUCAAAAUAGGUCACAAAAAUCAGGUGACAAGCCACACUUGUUCAAAAGUAACCUCUGGCUCCCCCUCAGAGGGAGGAGUUUACACAACAUAUGUAACCCAAUAGGUGUAACCAGUAUGACAGCAAGUGGUUAUCCCUUUUGGAAUCCAGAUGUUGUUUACAUCUAUGCGGUUUAAUUAAGCAGACAUGAAGACCAUAAAGCUGAAUCUUGUGAGGAUCUAACAUGAAAAACCUUUAAAUCAGCCACACAGAGAAAGCUAUAUUUACACACACACACACACACACACACACGCAUAGGAAGUAGUAAA